GCUAUAAGAAAAACGUACAAGUAGCGCGAUCUAUUAUUUAGCAGAAAGGCUUUAGAAGAAGAAGAAGCAUGAUAUAACUGGACGUAACCUAUCGCGAUUUAAAAAAAAAGUAUCGAAGUACUGCGAGGAGCAGGAGAAGACAUUCUCCCCAACUCUUUAUCCUGGAGGUUAAUGACAAAACAAUACCGGCGCGGUUGACUCUGAAAUUUGUAUAAUUGUGUAUAAUGAUCUCGUUGUGACCAACGACGUUAACAAGAUUUCUACUGUUUGACAUGAGCUCCCAACAAAUAUUUCAGCUUCCUUAUAGGCUCAGAGCAUCCUUCAGAUCACUAACAUCCAAAUUUAAUGAUAUUGGCAUUAAAAUUAGGAAUUAUGAGAUGCCUGAGAGAAUUAAAGGCACAUUCCUCGAACGCUGGGCUAAAUAUUGGCACGGUCUGUAUAUAGAUUACAAGGACGUCGCGUUUGAUGUAGCCAAAGGUUGCACAGAGCGUCCUGUAUAUGCUACAAUAUAUAUUACACUUCUAGGAAGCUGCUUCUAUUCUAAUCAACAUAAUCCAGAUGAAACUACAUUUAGGGAACAAUUGAUACAAAGCAAUAUAAAGUUAAUACAAGUAGGAGAACCCAUACGCAAUCCUGUCUCUGUGCAACACAUAAAAUGGUUGGAACAGUGCUACAAUGAAGGGCUAGUCAGAAGGCUAAAUUUAGGUAUUCUGUCUUUGAUCUGGUUGGAUAAUUAUGACAAAGAUUGUUCCUCAUACAAGGCUAUCUGCUCUUACUUAAAACCACGAUAUAUUACUUUCUAUGAAAGAACAAUAGAUGUAGGCUUUUUAGAAAAGUGGUGGAUAUUAGAUAGGAAGAUGAAAAACUAUGAUGUAAAUGAAGCUGAAUUCCGUGUUGAAAAAACUAUAUAAUAUAGGUACUGUUUCAG